AUGGACAACUCCCGGCGGGAAACGUUGCAAAAGCUCAGAGAACACAUCCGAGGUCAAGUACACCUCGACGAUGAACCUAGCUUUCGAGAUUUGUCGACUAUAUUCAAUGGAAAUGUAGUCACCAUUGCAAGGGCCGUAGCGUGCCCAGUAGACGCCGAGGACGUGAGCAAGAUCGUUGUUUUUUGUCUUGAGCAUAAUUUGUCCCCGUCUAUCAAAGCAGGCGGAUAUGGCACUGCUGGAUGGGCGGUCGGAGGCGACAUCAUCAUCGACUUGCAUAAACUGGUUGAUAUUGACAUUGAACCUCCCAAAUCUGACGGUUCUUUCACUAGUCUGCACGACGUAGCGUCAACGCACAGCAAAGGGAAGCAAGCAGUCAGCAGCAUGUCAACAGUCAGCAGCGGGAAGAGGCGUAGGGAAGAAGAUGUUGAACUCCGAAACUACGACUCAGCAUCCACGGUUGUUGCUGGCUUUCUCAGAGGGCCUUUGAAUUCUUCUAAUGAAACCGCCGAACCGCCGGCCGUGAGGAGGCGAUUAGAAGACGCAAUUCCUGCCACGAGCAUGAGCAGGGAGAUCUCGGGCGAAUCAAAUGACUCGACGUCAACGUUAUCGUCCUCCAAUUCUGGGGGCAGCAACGUGUCCAUUACGUCCACUGCAGCGACUUCACAAGCACCAGCGAGCCCCCGCGAUAAACGGCCUAGCGAGGUUCUCUCUGGAGGUGAUCCGUUCGGAUACCUCAACACAUCGGCCUCACCUGCACCAGCCCCCGCGACUACCAGGCAAUCAGCCUUCUCCCAACCUUCGUUUAGUUCAUGGGCCUCAACUUCUGCAACCUUAUUGACCAAUCCAAACUCUCCGCCGGUUGGGGCGGGCUUCUUUCAACCUCCUAUGCCGGUUCACCAACAAGCAUUUCUCACGUUUGGCUCUGGGUUGCGACAAAAAGAAGUGGAUAUUUUCUGUGCUGCUAAUCCUCUUGAUGGGGCCUCUGUGAUGGGAGUUACUGGGCGAGUUCCAUAUCACGUACCUUUCGGCGCGCACCCCGCCGGUUCCUCGAUAAUGGUUCUGGGGGGCUUCGGCUUCCUGAGUAGGAUGUACGGCCUCAGCGUCGACAACCUUGUCGAAGUAGAAAUGGUACUGGCCGAUGGCCGUGUACUUAUCGUCAGCGAAAAUGAGCACACUGGCAAGUAUUCAUAUUCAGCCUCGCUUUGGUCGACUAAUAUAUUAUAUCCAGAUUUGUGGUGGGCAAUUCGGGGUGGUGGUCCGGCGUUUGGGAUAGCUACUCGGUAUAAAGCUAAAGCAUUCCCUGUCCCCGUCGUCUUUGCCGGGAAUAUUAUCUACCGCUUUCACAAAGCCACUGCGCCUUCGCUCAUAAAACACUUCCGCGACUGCAUCAAGGGUGCACCCCGCGAGCUGUAUGCAAAUAUAAUCCUCACCGCCGGACCCGCCGGCAAGGAUUCAUUGGUCGUUAUCCAGAUGUGCUACGUUGGUCCAAAAGAGAAGGGGCAAGAAUACCUCGCUGCCAUAUCUUCCUGGGAUGGCGAGCGUUGCCUCCUCAACGAGGUCGACGAGAAGAGUUUCCUCCAUCAGCAAGAUAGUGUCGCGCAAGUUCUCCGCGGAAAAGCUGGGCGACAGUGGUUCAUUCGCUCCUCCCUGAUUUCGUCACUGCCAGAUGAUAUAGUAAACGAAACGGUGCUCCAGUUCGCCGACUCUCCUGUUGGCUGUACUUGGUUGUUCGAAUUGGCGGGAGGCGCCAUCGCCGACUUUGAGAACGCUUGUAUCCCCAAGGGCCAGCGCGAGGCUUCGUUCACUGUUGCCGCGCUACAUCAGUGGGAAAUGGGAUUGGACGACGCCCGCUGUGUCGAAGCCGCCGAAGAGUGGAUCAGACAUACGUUGAAGCCGGUUGAAAUCGGGGGUCCAUUCCCAAGCUUCCUCGGACGACAUGAACCUGCCUCUCGCACCAUGUCUUGCUUCGGCGAGAAUUGGGCGAGGAUGAAGGAGAUCAAACAACGUUACGAUCCUAACAAUUUCUUCCGGCACUCGUAUUGGCCCUUAAAUGCAGCAGGAGACACGGUGGAUCCCAGCGAGCACGAGCCCCCCACGCCUCCAGGAGCAAAUCGAAUCAGUGAAUUAGUACCAUUGACACAACAGCAUACGACUACAUAG